AUGUCUCGAUUCUUCCACGGCGAUAGCUCGAGCGAGAGCAGCUCUUCUGACGAGGAAGAGCUUUACUCUGAGGAGGAGGAGGAAGAGGAAAAGGCUGCCUCCGACGAAGAAGAUUCCGAUGAAGAAGAAGACGAGGACGAGGAUGAGUCCUCUAGUGAUGAAGAAGAUGGUGUUAAGCAGAGUGGUGCAAGCAGAUUCAUGAAAGGUGGGGAUUCUGAGAGUGAGGAAAGCAGCGACGAGGACCGGGCCAAGAUUGUCAAGAGUGCAAAAGACAAACGACUGGAGGAGUUGGAAAGCACCGUUAAAGCUAUCGAAAAUGGGCAGAAGAUCAAUGACUGGGGCUCGAUAUCUACAGAAUUCGACAAACUCAACCGACAAGUUGUGAAGCUCGUCCAAGCUGGCAAUACCCCGAAGGUGUAUAUCAAGGCUAUCGCCGAGUUGGAGGACUUCCUGAAUGAAACUAUUGCGAAGCAGAAAGUUUCAACACGGAAGAUGAAUGCGACGAAUGCUCGCGGUUUGAACGCUGUAAAACAGCGCAUCAAAAAGAACAACAAGGACUACCAAAAGGAGAUUGACGCAUACAAGGCUGACAAGGAUGCUUUCAUGGAGUCGGAAGAAGAGGAAGUUAUCCCAAAAAAGCCAACCAAGAAGCCCAAGGCUGAAUUCAGAGAACCAACUGCUGGUCUGGAUGAGAACGACGAAGGAUUCUCGACAGUUGGUAAAGGUGGACGCACGUUACAAUUUACACCCGAGAGCAUUCUCAAGCACCUGCGGAUCAUCAUGGAAUCUCGAGGAAAGAAGAACACGGACCGUACGGAGCAGAUCAAAAUCAUGGAGAAGCUCUACGAGGUUGCCACAACACCAUACCAGCGUGUCCGAGUGCUCCUGACCCUCAUUUCCACAAGAUUCGACCUAAGCACCGGAAUCCAGACUUUCAUGUCUCAAGAGCAAUGGAAAUCAGCCGAACAAGAAUUCGCCACCCUCUUGCAAGUCCUCGAGUCCAACCCAGAGCUGGUCGUGAUCGAGACUGCGGAAGAAUGGGAGGAUGACGAUAAGGCUCCUACGAUUACUCCGGGCGAGAAGUUCAAGAUUCCUGGCAGUAUUGUUUCUUAUGCCGAGAGGCUUGACGAUGAGCUCACCCGAUCCCUUCAGCACAUUGAUCCACACACCGCAGAAUAUAUCGACCGUCUCUCAGAUGAGGGCGUUCUUUACAACAACAUCGUUCGCACUUUGUUGUACGUUGAGGGACUUUCUAAGGAUACCAGCUUGCAGAUUCCACAAGAUGGUCUUAACCGCAUUGUCAUGAGGAGACUAGAACACGUCUAUUUCAAGCCAUCCGCGGUGGUCAAGAUACUUGAGGAAAACUGCUGGAAGUCGAUCCCCACAAACCUUGAUUCUACAAUUACCCCACGUAACCAGGGUUCUGAUGCCACGACUCUUGUAAAUGUUCUUUGCAACUAUCUUUUCAUCCACAGUGAAGGAAUCAUCCGAGCUCGGGCUAUGCUCUGCCAAAUUUACUUCCUCGCCCUACACGACAACUACUACAAGGCUCGCGAUAUGAUGCUCAUGUCUCAUUUGCAAGAGACCAUCAAUGCGUUUGAUGUUCACAGUCAGAUUCUGUUCAACCGCACUCUUGUACAAGUCGGUCUUUGCGCUUUCCGGGCUGGUCUUGUCUAUGAAGCUCAAACCACUUUGCAAGAAAUUUGCGGUAGCGGACGUCAAAAGGAAUUGCUCGCUCAGGGCGUGAUGAUCCAACGAUACAACCAGGUCUCACCAGAGCAGGAGCGACUCGAACGACAACGCCAACUUCCUUUCCAUAUGCACAUCAACUUAGAGCUACUCGAGUGUGUUUAUCUCACUUGCAGCAUGCUUCUCGAAAUUCCACUCCUUGCCCAAACCGGAUCAUCACCCGACAUCAAGAAGCGAGUCAUCAGCAAGACAUAUAGACGUAUGCUAGAAUAUCAUGAACGCCAAAUUUUCACUGGCCCCCCGGAGAACACAAGAGAUCAUGUCAUGCAGGCGUCGAAGGCCUUGGCAGCUGGCGAAUGGAAGAAGGCAACUGAGUUCAUCCAUUCAAUCAAAAUCUGGGAGCUCAUGGCAAAGCCCGAUUCUAUCAAGGCUAUGCUUUCGGAACAGAUUCAGGAAGAAGGUCUCCGAACAUAUCUCUUCACUUACGCGCCCUAUUACGAUACGCUGUCAGUUGCUACUCUCUCAUCAAUGUUUGAGUUAUCCAACCGAAAGGUUGCUGCGAUUGUUAGCAAGAUGAUUAGCCACGAGGAGUUGAUGGCUGCACUGGAUCAAGUCAAUUCCUCGAUCAUUUUCAGAAAGGGCGUCGAGUUGAGCAGACUGCAAAGCUUGGCAUUGACUCUCAGUGACAAGGCAAGUGGUCUCAUUGAGAGCAACGAGCGAACACUGGAGACGAGAACACAAGGCACAGCGAAUGCUUUCGAGCGACAAGGUGGUAGAGGCGGUCGAGGCGGAAAUAGGGGAGGGCAGCGCGGUGGCAGGGGUGGCGGGCGUGGAGGAUCCAGCGCCCCGAGACAAGCUGGAGGAACCCAAUUCUCUGGUGGCGCUUUAGGCGCUGCAAUCAGGGCUUAGAAUGUUGUUGCUAUUGCAUUGGGUUGGUUAUGGGGCUGUCGUUGCUCUUAAGGCGUUCACAGAGCUUACGAAAAGCCUCUUAUAAGGUAUAAGAUGAAUAAAUACAUGGUUGAUAAGACUUUGUCCACUAUGUGCACGACUCGAAGACAAUGAAUGUAUUUCUAUCAUGGUACCCCUCUUUCGCAAACUUCUGUUGACCAUCCAUUGUGUCAAAUCAUAGCAGUAAUUAAUUCACGACUUUUCUCCGAGACAACAAAAGAUAGAUACACAAUCUUCUACCUCUUCGAUUUUUCCUGUCUUCUUCAUUGAGUUUGAUUCCUCCAUCUGUCAAAAUCGACACCGUCGAUUCGACCUCUCAACCUGUUAUUGCAGACAUACCA